UACACAAAUUUAUUGCACUUCGUUCAACGUGUUUAAUAUUAAAUUAAGAAAAAUGUCCGAAUCAAAGCUAAAGAAUAAAAUAUUGGAAAUGACCGCUGAGCAGGUAGACCGCCUGUGUGAAUUAUGGGCGCGCAUGUUUGGUCCCGAGACUCGCGAGGCAUAUUUAGAGAAACUGAACAGCCAUGCAUGUAGUAUAUUCAAUGAUGUUUUCAAAGAAUCCGAGGAGCGAUUAAAUAUCUAUGAGUCCGAGAUCAGUACGCUGCGCAAUGAGGCCGCCGAUGUAAUGCGUCUCCUAAACAAAACCAUAGACAUAGGCGAGAAGCCCGCCGGCAUGCCGUUGUCCAUCUGGCAAACUAAAUUGGAUGAGAGCAUUCAGCACUUGAGGGCAGAGCUGCAAGAGCGUCGCGCCGAAAUCUGUGAACUGCUGCUGCAACAGGAGGUAUUGUGUGAUGAAUUGGAUGAGCCACCGCUGCCACUAUUGGCCGAUCCGCUGCCAAAAGCGGAGGAAAUGGAUGAGUUUCGUAACCACUUAGAGCGUUUGCGAGCAGAGCGCGAUAGCCGUACCGACGAACUCUAUAAGUUGCGUGAUGAAAUUAAGCAAGAUAUGAAGCUGCUGGAAUUGUUGCCACAAACCGAUGCGGAGGAACGCCUCCUUAAUCAACCUAAUCACAACCUUACGCCAGAUACCUUCAAUGCCCUGCGCAAGCUUAAGAAGACCUACGGUGAAGAGGUGGAAGAGCUGCGCACUCGCAUCGAAGACAUGCGUGGCAAGAUCCAUGUGUUGUGGGAACGCCUGCAGGAAACAGAUGAAUCGGUCAUGCGCCCGGUGCGUGAGGCUAUCGAUUAUACACGAACCACCUACGAAAUCCUUAAUACCGAGCUCAAGCGCUGCCAGGCACUGCGGCGACAAAAUUUAAAGACCUAUAUUGAGCAGCUGCGCGUCGAGAUUAAGGACUGGUGGGACUUGACGCUCAAAUCGGAACAGGAGCGCGAUCGUUUUUAUGAUUAUAAGAACAAUUGGUAUAGCGAGGUUCUACUAGAGUUGCACGAACUUGAGCUGGACGAUCUCAAAACGUAUUACAACAAUAACAAGGAAUUGUUUGAGCUCUUUGCGCGCCGUGCCGAGCUCUGGGAACGCAUGGAAGCGCUGGAGGCUAAGGCCAAAGAACCUAAUCGUUACAAUAAUCGCGGUGGUCAGCUGCUUAAAGAGGAGCGCGAACGUAAGACCAUUACAGCAAAGUUGCCGAAGAUAGAGCAGCAAAUAACUGAGCUGGUUCAUGCUUAUGUGGAGCGGGAGCAUCACCCAUUUCUUGUGCAUGGUGAAAAUAUUCUGGAACGCAUGGCCAACGAUUGGGAGCAACGCCGUCAGGUUAAGGAGCAGCAGAGCUCAGCACGCAAGCAGAAUAGCAAUGCUACUCCUUCCACUGUCGGCAAAAUGCUUCCACCUCCGGCACCCGGCUCUGCCAUUCAACGCACGCCCAUAUCCCUGAAGAAUAUGUCGGCCAUGUCCUCAUCGACCAUGUCGCUGCGCAAGACACCAUCCCAAACGCAUUUAAACACGAACAUGAGCGCAGUAGGCGCCAAAACUACGGGAAAUCUGCAUAAGCGCAAGUUUCCAAUGGCUCCAGAAGGACCGAAGCAAUCGCAGACACCGCUGGCCAAGCGCAGCUUGCUCAGCAAACUCAACUCCUUGAAAGGCUCGACAAACUCGCUGCGUAAUCCCACCGAGCGUCUGGUCGCUACCCACCAGCAGAAGGCCUGCAAAUCCCCCGUGAGGAAAGUCCGCAUCUUAGCCGACACUAUGCGCCGGAGCGGCGGCUUGGGAAGACGCAGCGCCGGAGGCAGCAGCAGCGCCAGCAAGAGACCCCUUAAGACCAAACGUCCAGUUAGCAAGCUUGUUAUGCCGCGCAUUCACGUGGAAUUCGCCACCGAUGACUCCGACACUGCCAACGAUGAAAAUAAGGAUAAUGGCAAUAUCGGUUUCGAUGCUGCGGCUGUCGAGGAAGAUCGCAACGAUACUUACGAAAGGUUCGAGAAAUGCGUGGAGACUGCGGCAGCACGUUCCUCGGUGCUACCCGUUCGUCCCGUUCAACAAGUUAAGUUCACGCCCAAUCGUAAGCUCAACAAUAACAAUAAUCACAAUCACAGCAAGAAGAACUUAAGGCAUUACAACAAUCAUCACUCGACGGUGGUGCCCGAUGAGGAGACACGUCUCGCCACGUUGCCCAAGCCACGUCGCAUGCCCGCCAAUAGUUCAAUCUCGAAUGCACUGGCUGCGACAUCGCCGGGCGGCAGCAAUCGCAAAUUGGUCACAAAAGAGCUACCCAUAAUCCUUUAAACGGACAGACACACACACACCAAGUUCUUAAUAUAAGCUAAUUAUUUGUAGGAAGGCUCACUUUGUUUAUUCUAUACAUAUAUAAGGUACCACAAAGGGAUCCAGCACUUUCUGUAGGACAGCUCUCGCAUAUGUUCAGACCUUCAAACCUUUUACAUUCAUUCAACGUAAAGACUUUGACUUUCAAUACUCAUUCGUCACGCUUAAAAUGUCUAACUGCAACCUAGAAAUUUAUGAAAUUGGAAACACUCGACUUUACCUUUUACAUUAAUUUUUACAGACACUACAUACUAAUCGGAGAGCUAUCGAAUUUAGGUGUAAGCUAGCCUGUAAGAAAACCAUGUCUAUCUUUUCGUUAAAUGUUAAUUUUUUAUACUUAACAGGUUUUACCUUUUUUUUUUGCAUAGCUUUGUGUGCAGUAUUAAGCAUUAGACACAGUCGAACACGUCCUUCGGUUUUUAAGUGGGGGGAAUAUGGGUGUGGGAAAAACACCUCUUAAAGGAAAUCUUUAUAAUUAGUUAUUGUAACUUUAAUCUUUAGGCGUGAUGUAAGACGUGACGCAACUUAAAUACAAAUCUUAAAGGCGUUUUUGUUUCUAGGCAGCUCAAAAACUCCAAAAUUGUAUGUGGCUUUUUAUUUGGUUCGAAAACAUUUUAGAGGCGAUAAAAACAAAUUUAUUUCUACACAUAUAUACUAACCUAUAGUUUUUUCUCUGGCGGAUCCAAAAGAUUUUAUAAAUAACUUAACAAUUACUCAAUAUGUCAAACCAAUAAAAAAAAGUAUUUUGUUAUAUUUUA